AGAUGAGGACUCGCUUGAGCUUCACAUGGUGCGGCUGGAACUGGAGGAUGUGGAGAAGCAGAUCCGCGGCCUACUCGACAAGCAGGCCCAGCUGCUGGAGCGACAAACUGCGCUGGAAACAUCUUGUGCCUCUGCUCACAUAUCCAAGGUAAGCACACAGCGUGGUAUUUCCACUCCCAGCCCCUCUACGCCGUGUGUUUCUCUGUGCAGGGACCGUGCACCUAGGACUUUCCCAGCCGUGGUCUCCGUAACGCCAGCGCCAACACACCUCGGGCCUUGGGUAAACCAGCGGCGAAAGGCGCGGGCUGGACCUUCUCCACCUCCAGUGUUCGAGAUUCCAACCAGGAACCGCUUCGCCCCUCUCCGCCAGACCAGACCCAACACUGUGAUCAUCGGGGACUCCAUUGUGCGGAACGUCCGUGUAGCCUCAUCUAAAGGUAAGGUGCGCACACACUGUUUUUCUGGUGCUUGUGUCCUUGAUGUCGCUGCGCAGGUAUCCGGGAUCCUGAAGAAAGACGAGCGCAUUGGAGCGGUUGUGCUGCACGCGGGGACGAACGACACCAGGCUGCGGCAGACGGAGGUGCUGAAGAGGGACUUCUCCAGCCUGAUCGAGACGGUACGAGGCAGAUCACCUACCGCGAAGAUCAUCGUCUCUGGACCUCUUCCCACAUACAGACGUGGAGCAGAAAAGUUCAGUAGACUUCUAGCAUUAAAUGAUUGGUUAGUCUCUUGGUGUAAUGAGCAGAAUCUGGUGUUUGUCAAUAACUGGAAUCUGUUCUGGGAGCGUCCUAGGUUGUUUCGUCCUGAUGGCCUGCACCCCAGCAGCCUUGGAGCGGAACUGCUUUCAGACAACAUUUCCAAGGCGCUACACUCCAAGUGACUGCCUAUCAUUCUGUUCUACUUUCUCCCUCUCUCCUUUCGCCGAGCCCCACACGAAUUUAUGGAGAUACUAGAGAUCCAGAUCCUUUCUGCCUCUGGAUGGAGCUCAAAUCUUCUUUAAUUCCAGACUGCUGGGACUACGGCUGCUCUUAACACCAUACAGACUUCAUAUAAAUCCAUAAUGAACUUUUUCACAAUAUCUGUUGUUACCCAGAUGAGGAUGGGUUCCCUUCUGAGUCGGGUUCCUCUCAAGGUUUCUUCCUCUUAAAACAUCUUAGGGAGUUUUUCCUUGCCACCGUCGCCACUCAGUGGCUUGCUCAGUUGGGAUAAAUUCACACCUUUAAUAUCUGUAUACCGUGUUGAUAUUUCUGUAAAGCUGCUUUGAGACAAUGUCUAUUGUAAAAAGCGCUAUACAAAUAAAAUUGAAUUGAAUUGAAUUGAAUUGAA